UGUUGUAUUUAUUGCGUUAGAAUUUCGUCUUUGUUUCCUGAUUGCACCUUUCAUAUACGAACAACGAUAGACACUUUUUGUGUUGUUGUUGAUGGUGGUUACUCAUCAGUUGUUUUGCAUUUAAUUCUGUUUGUCUUUUUUUCUGAGAAAAAGUUAUCAAGUUUCGAAAUUUAUGUUAUUCUGCCUUUUUUUCUUUGACUCGAGAGUUUUUUUGUUUUCCUAUAUAAAUUAAAAUCAGCUGUUAUAAUCAAACGGACUUUAUUUUGAUACUGUUUCAACAAACAAAAAAGGCUUCCCGAGGCCGCUCGAUGGCUUUUGCAAAAAAUCGCCAAGUGAAAAUGUGACGUAGAUACAAAGGUUUAGCAAAGCAAAAAAAUAUCGCGCUACCAUUAAUUUGAACUAUUUCAAGCGUUCCUUUUUGUUUCGCAGCAAAAUCGGAUAAGGUACUGGCAUCAGUACCAGUUCCGAAAGUCACGAGAAUGGCAAAGCAGGACACAAGAAAUUACGACACACUCACAAAUCAAGAAACGAAUCCAUUUGCCGAUAAACGUUCCCCAACGAUCGAGGAAGAAGAAACGCCUCAAAGCAGCGGAUUGGUCAUUCAUGUCGUUCCGGACACAAAUAAAGUGCCAUGGAACCAUAUCCAGGAUUUGGAUUUGUUCUUUUCGCGGGUCUACAGCUACCAUCAGCAGCACGGCUUCUUCGUAAUGAUGCUGCAGAACGUGUUCGAGUUGUUUCAGUUUGUCUUCGUAGUGAUACUGAUUACGUACAUGAUCAAUUGUGUCGACUAUGGUAUUUUGUUCAAUGACAAUCCGGAAAAACACAAGAUAGCAUUGUCCGAUGCAAUCGAUUCUCCCUCGGAAUGUGUCGCCAAGCUAGGUGGUUUCGAUUGGCUCAUCCUGCUGCUGGUCGGUCUGUUCUGGACGUUUCGGCUGUUCAAAUUUUUUUAUCACUUCACGCAAUACUGGGACAUCAGAUUGUUCUUCAACAGCGUCUUGCAGAUUAAAGAUGACGACCUAGACAAUCUUACUUGGCAUGAGGUUCAAAAACGCAUUCGGGAGGUGCAAUCCGAAAUUCAAAUGAGUAUCAAUAAAGAGCAACUAACAGAGCUAGAUAUCUAUCAUAGGAUUUUGAGAUUCAAAAACUACAUGGUUGCGAUGAUGAACAAAUCCUUGCUUCCAUCAACUAUUAAGCUGCCAUUUCUGGGAAAUGUUGCUUGCCUAAGUCAAGCGUUGCGUUAUAACGUUGAACUUAUACUUUUUUGGGGGCCUUGGGCUCCGUUCGAAAAUAAGUGGCACCUGCGGGACGAGUUCAAACGGUCCAAUCGUCGGCUGGAACUGUCCCAAAAGCUUGAAAAGCAAAUUUUAUGGGUUGCCGUCGUUAACAUCAUUCUGUCUCCGUUCAUUUUCCUGUGCCAGCUGAUGCUUUUCUUCUUCAAUUACGUUCACCUCAUCAAGAAAGAACCUGGAACGCUAGGGAUGCGAUGUUGGUCACAGUACGGAAAACUGCAUCUUCGCCAUUUUAACGAACUCGAUCAUGAGCUUGAUGCACGUUUAACGAGAGCAUAUAGACCGGCAGUGAAAUAUAUGAAUUCGUUUUCGUCACCUGUCCUGACUGUUGUGGCAAGAAACAUCUCCUUCAUAUCCGGUACCUUGUUAUCGAUAGGAAUCGUGCUGGUGUUCUACGACGAAGACUUUUUGCAAGUUCAGCACGUUUUGUCCAUCAUGACUGUAUUGGGCGCUGUUUCUGUUAUUACCCGAUCAACGAUACCCGAUGAGAACAUGGUUCGUAAUCCGGAACAGCUGCUGCGCAACGUUUUGGCCCAUGUGCAUUACCUACCCGCGUCUUGGCGUAACUUGGCGCACACCACAGGCGUGCGCAAUGACUUUGAGCAAUUUUUCCAGCUUAAAAUCAUGUACAUUUUGAACGAAUUGUUCAGUCCUUUUGUGGCGCCGUUUGUCCUCUUGCGGGUCAUGAAACCAAAGGCGUUGGAUCUAGUGGACUUUUUCCGCAACUUCACUGUCGAUGUGAUCGGAGUUGGGGAUGUUUGUUCGUUUGCCCAAAUGGACGUAAGAAAGCAUGGGAAUCCUGAUUGGCAAGUCACUAACAGUGCGGCCGAGAAAGACACGAAUGAACCGGUUAAUGUGCCAAUCGUAGACAACAAUCAAUACACCCAAGGCGAGCAUGGCAAAACGGAACUUUCACUUGUACAUUUUACUCUCACCAAUCCCACCUGGCAGAUGCCUCCGGAAGCCAGACACUUUGUCCAGGGCAUUAAGCGCCACGCUUUGCAGGAUCUCAACCGACAGCGUGGUCCAUUCAUGGGAGCAACCGCAACCGUUAAUCCGAUGGCCGAGAGUCUGUACUCAAUGGAAAGCCUAGGCGAACAGUACCAAUCCAUCAUCUACCCUAUUCUUCAGACACACAACCUAUCCAACUCACAGCAGCUGGGAUUGUCGAUGCAUUUUGGUGGUUUUGGAUCGCCUCCACCAGCACAGCCUACUGGAGGCGUACCGCCGCAUCUGCAGCAAUCGUCUAUGUACGCCUUCAAUUCACCGCCAGCUCCAGCGUUCGACUUUGAACGAAUGCUACAGCGCCCUCUUACCGAUGAUAGUACGGUGGCUCCACUUCGAAGCACCUUCUUGCAUGAUAUCAACGAAAACGAUGACGAUGAAAGUGGUGCUGGUGGCGGCAGUCAGGGUUUGGAAAGUAGUGGCGGUGCAGCUGCAGCAGCUUCCAGUAGUCAUCAGCACAUGCAAUCUUCUAGUCUAGCUGCUGGGGCUACCGCUGCCAGUGGGAUUAUGGAUCCUCGGUCUAGCGCAAUUCGCACCUUCGGUGGAAUGAGUAAGCUCGAAGGACCCGCCGAAGGAUCACGUAAUGGUCUGCUGUCAAGCUUGUGUGGCACAAUUCCAGUAACACAGCAAACUCAACACGACCUGACAGCAGCAGACAUGUGUCUUAGUACCUUGUACCUGCAUGAACUGUAUCACAAUCACAUGCGACGUCGCGGUGGAAGUCUUCGGACCGAUCAAAGUCAACAACAGCAGUGGCAGAAACCACAUCAGCAACAAUCCCCUUCGGUUGUCCUUCCGGGCACCAGUUCGAGCGGUAUGCGAUCAUCGAUGGCGUCCACCUCACAAGCGGCAGCAGCAGCAGAAAGGAUGCCUCUCCUCGGCAGCAAAAAGUCAUAGCAACAGGCCGAGUGGGUCUGAAUGGGAGGAUCAGUGUUCCGUGUUUAGACUAUCCACUGCUGUUAGUUAGAGUUUUUAGAAUGUAGCUUAACACCCUCUCGCAUAUACAUGUAUGUGUGCGUAAAAUUCGUUGUCUCGAAGCAAUGCGUCGGAUAACUAAGAAAAAAAAAAAUACUCUGGUUCCACGGAUUGUUCCGUACGUUAAGCACUAAGGCAACGGGAUUUCUCAUUUCGAUGUACAGAUUACGAACGACUCCGAUAUUUGUAAGUAGGAAAUUUAUCUUCUGUUGCAAACAUUUGUUCAAAUACUGGAACUGCGACAAAUGUGGGAGUAUCUAUAUGUUUUCCUUAGAUUUGACGAAUUGAUUUUAUCCUCUUAAAAUCUAUCAUACUUAUAAGGAGAGAAUCAAAUGUGCGACACCAACUCUCUGCGAAACAGUUUAACAAGAGUCCUAGAUAAAUUAGAUAUUUAUGUAAGCGUGAACAAGCGCUUUCGAAGAUAACUGAACAGCUAAAGUUUGAGAUAUGCUAAGCCAAUGAAAAUCAGCAAGUUGUGAAUUGACGACGAAAAACGAAAAUUUGAAAAAAAAAAAUAUUUUAAAGUUUAAGUA